CCGGGUUACACGCUGUACUGCCUGAUGGCUGCCAUGUCGCCGCUGGCCGCCUGCCUGUGGACGUACGCGGUGGGGCUGAAGGUUCUGCUGGAGCAACUGCUGAGGCGCCGCUUCUCACUGCCAGUUCUGCCAUCUCAAGAUGGGAAAGUUGCCAUUGUGACUGGAGGUGCUCAAGGGAUUGGGUAUGAGACUGCAAAGCAUCUAUCAAGACUGGGAAUGCAUGUGAUAAUCGCUGGCAAUAGUGAAGAUUCAGGGCAAGAGUCUGUGAAGAGAAUUAGAAAAGAAACUGGGAAUAACAAAGUGGAGUUUAUGUACCUAGAACUGGCUUCAUUGCAGUCCAUACGACAAUUUGUGGAACAUUUCAAAGCAAGGAACCUUCCACUUCACGUCUUGGUGAACAACGCAGCAGUGAUGCUCGUUCCACAGAGGUACACAGAGGAUGAAUUUGAAGAGCACUUUGGCGUGAAUUACCUUGGACAUUUUUUGCUUACCCAUCUCCUCCGGGAUGCUCUGAGGCAGUCAGGGAGCAGUGACUACAGUAGUCGAAUCGUCACUCUCUCUUCAGCCACCCAUUACAUCGGAGAGAUAAAUCUAAACGACUUGCAGAGCAGAACCAGCUACUCGUCCCAUGGAGCUUAUGCCCAGAGCAAACUUGCUCUUGUCCUCUUCUCGUACCAACUGCAGCAAAGGCUAGCAGCGGAGGGGAGCCACGUAACUUCGAACGUGGUGGAUCCGGGAGUCAUCAACACCAAUCUAUACAAACACACCACCUGGCUCUUCAAACUGUGCAAGUGGUUAUUCUCCUGGUUACUCUUCCAGACUCCAAGCCAGGGGGCCUCCACUGUGAUAUACACGGCAGUCUCACCCAGCUUAGAAGGCUCUGGAGGUUUCUAUCUCGUCAAUGGCCAGAAGAUGAAAUCAGCAGACAUUUCGUACAAUGAAGAUAUCCAGAGAGAACUUUGGAACCGGAGCUGCAAGUUGGUUGGGAUUCUGGAGGCAUGCAAUCAGGCCUCUUGAAGAACAGAGGCCUCUGCUCCUCGGAGACCCUGUGUUUUCCUUCUUGAAGGGCAGGUGGCAAGAAUAACAAAUCAAUUGUGGGAAUAUUCCUGCUUAAUUUUUUUUAUAAUCAUGAAUAAUUAAUAAAAUUCCUCACAAGGUUAACACUCAUUAAGUAUCCAAAACCACAGAGUUCAGUUGUUUACAUCUAUCCAAAGCAAUGACAUACUGUAGUUAACAUACGGUCUCACCAAAUGUACUGAGGUUUGGACAAUGGAAAAGCAACGUAGGCAUGAAUUUUGUCACUGCCACGUUCUGGUAUUUAGUUAUCAGACGCGGAAGUUGCUCACGGUUAUAGAAUUACUUGCUAAGGGUUUCCCUUCUCCAGAAUCCACUACUUCUGAUGAGCUGAAAUUCUCACAAGUAAUUGCUUAUCUAAUAGCUUCAAGUGGUCCACUGAGCCUAUGCAGCCUUUUCCGUAUUAAACUUCCGUCAUUGCAGCAGGAUCUCCCAGUGGCCACACAUUUUAAUUCCACAUCCCAUUCCCAUUCUGACAUGUCUAUCCACGACCUCCUCUACUGUAAAGAUGAAGCCACACUCAGGUUGGAGGAACAACACUUUAUAUUCCGUUUGGGUGGCCUCCAACCUGAUGGCAUGAACAACUGAUGCCCCACCUCCCCCUCGUACCCCAUCUGUUACUUAUUUUUAUACACAUAUUCUUUCUCUCACUCUCCUUUUUCUCCCUCUGUCCCUCUGAAUAUACCCCUUGCCCAUCCUCUGGGUCCCCCCCCCCACUUGUCUUUCU